AUGGCUCGCCGUUUGGUGGUCCAGCGCGGCGUGUUCGUCGGAGAUGUCGCCGAUAGUCAACACAGCGACCUCACCGAGGUCGCUCUGGACAAGGGCGCACGUAUCCAGCACCAACACCUAUUUCGGGCGUUUCGCUGCCAGCUACUGGCGGUGGACAACACUGUCACUGAGACCCGCGACGGAUCAGGGUCCUCGGAGUCGUUGACCAUGUUGGACAAGUUCGUCGACGGCGGCGCCCUCUGGCUCGAGGUGGAUUCUAUCGACGCUCCGAUGACGAUCGACCACUUGGAAUGGACCGUGGCCGCUCCGGAGACAGUUCGCCCGGUCUCGGUGGCGAUCUGCACCUUCAAUCGGGCCGACGAUUGUGCCGAGACUGUUGCUGCACUGGCUUCCGAUGCCACUGUGCGUGACCUCGUCAGCUCCGUACGUCGUCGAUCAGGAAGCGUCAAGAGCGUCGAGUCGAUGCUGAAGGAUACAACGCCUGCGUGGACGUGCCUGAUCCCCGCCGAAGUUGGCAAAGCCGAUCGGGUUACCCGUUCCGAGUCGCCUUCCGGUGGGGAUGACGUGGAGUACGGAAUCAGGGCCCGGAAGCAGGGGUUUGUCACCGUCACGUUGCCCAACGCCGCUGUGUGGCAUGCCGAUUUCUAUUGGAAGGACUUC